UUCCCUUAUUUCGAUAUUCUUUGGUUUUAACACAAUCUCUUCCAUUCUUUUCCAACCUUUGUUUCGGUUUGUUUUGAUCUCAACCUCAUUUCUUCUCACCCUUAUUCCUUCUUCGUACUAUUUCAUAACUCAUCUUUACUCAUCUUUGUCUCGCCUUUAUUUUCUAUUUUAAUCCGGCAUUUUUGCGUACUACAAUGGCCGUACCGCGCGUAUACACAAGGGCGGUCAAGAAGGCAAGUGUAUCAUUUGCUUUCUGUCUGCUUAUUCUCCUCUCCAUUACUGCUUAUUCUCGUCAUCAUUCUGCGCUUGUCUCUUUCCAUUCCGAUGCCUCUUCUUUAGUUCCUUCGUCUUCAGGGGUCAUGUCGGAACAGCUUACUAAUGUUGUGCCUUCUUCCUCCUUUUCUUCUGUCCAUUUCGAUUCUCUUUCUUCAUCUUCUCCUCCUCCCUCCGUCGUCGCUGCAAUGAGCAACCCUAAAUUAGCAGUUCAUAGAAAACGAGAAUUCAACGAAGGAAAACAGGAAUCGAAGGCAACCCAAGAAGACCAAAGAAAACGGGAGGCGCCUCGAAACAAUCCCCAUUCAACUUCGCAGCUGAAUGGGGAACGGAAGAAAGGUGUCCAUCAACGCGACUCUUCUUCCGCCUCCGCUCCUGCCGCUAAUCUGAAAAACAGAACGAAGCUCACUCUCGACAAAACGAGAAAAAGCAAACACCUCUGGCCGGGAGACGGGCAGUGCAGCCAAUUCAAGGUGAACUUUGCCGCCGCCUCCUCGCUUUCUCCGUGCGCUCUGGCUUCUUACCCUGGUUCUGGCAACACCUGGACCCGCUACCUGCUGGAGGCUGCCUCUGGCGUGUUUACUGGCUCCAUUUACAAGGAUUACCAGCUGUAUCUACACGGCUACUACGGAGAGCUGGACGACCACGCCGCCGGGACAACGAUAGCGCAGAAAACCCAUGACUGCGGACCGACUCACGUGAAGGCGUUUCGAAGCACCGCCGUCCUGCUGCUUCGAAACCCGUACCGAGCCAUCCUCUCUUUCCAUAAUUACCUUUUCGGCGGACACACGGGCUAUGCUCCCGUGGCUAAUUAUAGGAGGAAAGACUGGGGCGCCUUCGUGAAGCUGCAGGCCAAGGCGUGGCUGGAGAUGGCCGUCAACUGGACGACGCAGGCGGAGGCAGGUCGUCUUCGGGUCCUGCACUACGAGGAGCUGAAGGAGGACCCGAUCCCGCCGCUCGAAGACGUCCUCCGCUUCCGGGACCUCGACGUGGAUCCACUGAGGCUGAAGUGCUUGAAGAGUCACACCAACAAAAAGUUUAAAAGGCGCGAGGAGUUCAUACCAGCUGGUCUAGAGAUAUUCAGUUCUGAGGACCGUAAUAAGAUAGACCGAGCAAUUCGCUACGUGGACUACCUCCUCAGACUACACAAUCACCGUCCAGUUCCUCUUCAUCUCUACGAGUUCUACAAUGGGACCGCUUCUUCUAAAAUGACAGUGGUACCAUGCAAAGAAGGGGAAACUAAACUACAGUGUGAAAACAGGGUUGAUAUGAUGAACAAGUACAGCCGCAAGUCAACGAAGACAGGAUCAGAAGGAAAGGAAGUGAAGGAAGAGAAUAAGAGAGCUCAUUCUGGAUUGGAAAGAUUCGCCAGAACGAAAGUGGGCGGAGCUGUCACCGGCGUCUUCUCAAGCCUCGUGAAGAUAUUUUCUCAGGACCCCCUGGAUGCCAGCUUGCAGGAUCCCUCCAACCUCAAGCCCCUUCACCUCCAGCAAGUGGCGGGAGCUCCAGUGGACGCGAGGCAGCUCAUUGCGGAUUUCGAUCCUGCCCAGUCGGUUGCCAAGAAGGGCCGUUGAGACGUCCGAGGUUGUGGCAGUUCGAUGAAUCCGAAAGAGGAGGAUUUAAAGUAAAAAGAUGUUAAGAAGAAAUGAGAAGAGGGGGGAGUGAAAAAUGAGGAUUCAAAAGAAUGAGAUUAGGAAGUGAAGAGAGGUGAAGGGAGAGGGGAAAAGAAGGAUUUAAAGUAAGAGGAGGAUGAGGAGAGAGGGAGAGUCGAGAAGAGGAAGUUUCAUACCUAAGAAGUUUGUGAUUUAGUUCUAUUUGCACUAGAAGAGGUGCCUGUGGUUGGUAUUAGUAGAAAAAUGGCUGAUCAGUGAAACUUAAGCAUUUGGGAAUUAGGAAGUAUUUUAAGGAGAUAAAGUUGGAGAUGGAGAUAGAAGAGAAUAAGCAAGAGAGGGACGGAAGGACAAUAGAGACAUGCGAAGAGAAGAAGAGACCAGAUCUCCAGGAAAUUGGCACGUAGGCUAUUUUGUGUCAUUGUUUCAGGAAGAUGAUAGUCAUUUUGGCCAAAGUUUCAGAUAAUAGAAUAGUUAAUUAUGCCAUAUUUUUAAUAAUCGUUAUGGACCAUUCUGUUACAGUUAUAGUUGUUUAAUGUAAUCGAUUUGUUUAUUAUGAUGUAAGCUUUGUCAAUACCAAAAACUAGGGUUAUUUUGGUCUGAAUGAAUGCUAAUAUCAGUCUGUAUGUUUAUGUGUGCGUAAAUACUGGUGUCUAUAUCUCUAUCUAUCUGUCUAGCUAUCUGUCUUUCUAUUUAUCUAUCUAUCUAUACCUA